CCUGCACGGCUCCAACAUGGCUCCGCGGCUGUGCAGCAUCUCUGCGGCGGCGCGGCGGCUGCUGGGGGGCCCGGGGCCCGGCGCCGGGAAGGUUGCGGCUGUAGUUGCAGCGCGCUUCUAUUCCAAGGAUAAUGAAGGCAGCUGGUUCCGCUCCCUCUUUGUGCACAAGGUGGAUCCCCGGAAGGAUGCUCACUCCACCCUGCUGUCCAAGAAGGAGACCAGCAACCUCUACAAGAUUCAGUUUCACAAUGUGAAGCCUGAGUGUCUGGAUGCCUACAACAGCCUGACAGAGGCUGUGCUGCCCAAGCUGCACCUGGAUGAGGACUACCCCUGCUCGCUCGUGGGCAACUGGAACACGUGGUAUGGGGAGCAGGAUCAGGCAGUGCACCUGUGGCGAUUCUCAGGCGGCUACCCAGCCCUCAUGGACUGCAUGAACAAGCUAAAAAACAACAAGGAGUACCUGGAGUUCCGAAAGGAGCGGAGCCAGAUGCUGCUGUCCAGGAGAAACCAGUUGCUCCUUGAGUUCAGCUUCUGGAAUGAGCCACAGCCCAGAACAGGCCCCAACAUCUAUGAGCUGAGGACAUACAAGCUCAAGCCAGGAACCAUGAUCGAGUGGGGGAACAACUGGGCUCGGGCCAUCAAGUACCGGCAGGAGAACCAGGAGGCAGUGGGCGGCUUCUUCUCACAGAUAGGAGAGCUCUACGUCGUGCACCAUCUCUGGGCCUAUAAAGACCUGCAGUCUCGAGAGGAGACUCGAAACGCUGCCUGGAGGAAGAGGGGCUGGGACGAAAAUGUCUACUACACAGUCCCCCUAGUGCGACACAUGGAGUCUCGGAUCAUGAUCCCUUUGAAGAUCUCACCUCUCCAGUGAUGUUGUGGCUGCCUCCACCUCCUUCCCCUUCUCCCUGAGGGAAGCCAUGGACAGAAGAGCUCCCAGUCCUGCUGUCUUGGUUUUCUCUUGGAUCUGAGAGGACUUGUGGGGGUAGUGCUCAGCUCAUACAAGGGGGAGCUGGAUGACAGGGUUCUGAGGACCUGCAGCUCUGCCAAGACCAUUGCCACCUUCCCCGCCCCCCCUUCCCCAGUGCUGGAAGCAGUUUUUAAUUUCUCUGAAUGAAGAACAGCCAACUUUUAUGUCUCCUGACAUUUCCCCCUAAGAUUCCUCAAGGCCACCAGUCCCUAAUUAUCACCAGGAAGUCCUCAUCUUAGCUUUAAGUUGCACAAAAGGUUGUGUGUCCAGUGGUUAGAGGUGGAGUGGGAAGGGAGGAGGUCAGACCAGGCCAAGCAUUCAGGAAUUCCCUGGUCUCCACUGGGGCACCCACUUUGAGC